AGCUUGAAAGUGAGAGGCGAUUUUUUAAAAUAUAUGCACAAUUAUUGUUAAUAUUCCAAGCAGAAUCGUUGAAAUUCAACAAUACUUUGUAGCUAUUUACCCCUAUUUUCUCAGUCUGUUUAGUGCGUGCUUGUUUUAAGUACGAGUUCAUGUAUUUAGCUGUCAUUUUAAAGAUUUUUUUUCGUUUAAAUGUUGAGAGUUUGGCCGAGUUUGUUUUUCGCCUUUUCGAGCCUGUUUAAGUCGUCGAGUUUUUCGAUUAAGUUUUAAUCUAAACUACAUACUGUCUAUGUAAUGUAUACUAGAUUAUAGAAAUGGUUUUCCUCUUUAUGUUCCAGAUAUUUUAACGAUUUCAACGACAUUCGGAUGAUCGGAUUCUUUUGUGCGUGCAUUUUUAUGUGGCUUUUUAACGUGAACUUUAUUUAUUAAUUUAGUAACAAUUCCGGAAGCUAUUUUGUGUUCGAAAUUUUCGACAUUUUAAGCCUUGUUUCCUUCUUUUACAAAAGUUUUAAUUAACCAAACUUUGCUUCUAUAACGGUCUCUUACUAGUAUACUGUUUUACGACAUGUUUUUUAACUUUUUUAAAACUCACAAGCUGUAUUUUUUAAUUCAUUCUUGGAGUUGGGAGUUCGCAACACUGAAUAGUUGUCAACAAAGCCGAGGCGAAAUGUCGCCAAAGGAAGCCAUUUAAACGCUCAUUUCGUUAAAACGUUAUAAUUUUACAUAAAAAUCAAGUGAAAAAUUCCGUUUUCUUUAUGUGGUUUAUACUAAAACAAUUAGACAACUCAGCCUCGUUGUCUCUGAACGAAUAGUCAACUCGGCUUCGCCUCGUUGACUAUUCGCUCAUAGACAACUCGGCUUCGUUGUCUAAUUGUUAAAUAGUCUAAAUUUGAACAUCUUAAUAUGAACAUUACCUUAGAAAUAUUAUGUAAAUUUUACUAGUAAGCUCGUUAAUUCAGUUGUAUAGCUGCAAGAGAGUUUUAAUAAACAUCAAUAAUAGUAUACGGGACAAAGCACCUACCGCAUGCCCCAUAAGGGCCAAAGCAUCUAUUGUAUGCGAAAGGCGUGGUUUUCGUUUCUGUAGGCGUUGUCAGUAAACUAUCGCAUGCCUUUAACAUGCCAAAAGUACCUUGUUGAAUAACUUGUUGGAUGUUACUCAACCGUAUGUCUGCGCUCUUUUUGGAGUUGUUCCUGCUGCUCCAGAUUUCAGGGUUGACACUGGGUACCGUCAGUUCGGCGCAGUUUUCUGGCUUGGCAUGUUUUGCCAAUAAUGUCUUAAGCUUAUCAUUAGCAAUCGGUUUACCCCAUCAUUUGAUGGCGAUAUCUGCCAGAUUUUGUGCGACCUUAGGUCCAGUUUGUUCAUCCUCGUUGAGGGCAUUAUUGAGCGAGUCUAAAAACUUGAUUUCUGCUGGGUCAACGGAAGCAGGAGUAUCAUUGAUGGUAUUAUUGUCACCAUUGUUGGUUUGCCCUGCAUUACUGUCCGUGUUCUCGCCGGUGGCGACGGAUCCGUUUAGAAAAUCAUGAAUGUCGUUAUCGGACGGCACAAUACUUAAAGCGUCGUCAUCAACGCGAAGCUGUUUAGGCGGGAAAUCCAUUGUGUCAUCCUCCGAUGGGUCGGACUCCGAUGAAGCCCUCCGAUGUUUAUGUUUCUUAGAUUUUGUGGUACGGGAAGACAUACCCUCGUUGCUGACAAAACUAUGUAAAGCGGCAGCCAAAUUGCUAAUGCCCUCCUUGAUCACGGCCAACGUUUGGCCAAUGUUCUCGUCAGGUUGAGGGUCGCGGUCGGGUCGACCAUCAAUGGGAUCAUAUUGGUCCCUAGAAUGCCGAGUAUUGGUCAUAUCUUGCGAAUGAGCGUGGUCAGGUUCAACCUCGUACCCAGGGUCCCCGUAGUGGGACCCUGGCAAACUCAGAUUGUGUGAUGUCACAAAUCUUGGAAGAUUACGUAAUUUGUAACUUUAUGUUCCGGGGGGCGAUGGCCACUUUCACUGUGACUGUGCAAGCAAACUUUGCGAAGGGUGAAUGCAAAUAAAUUCAUAAUAUGAAAUAAAAGAUACAUAAACACAAAGAUUCUUCUUACAAUUUCGUUAACUUACUGGCAAUCUACAUAAUUUCGCUAAUCUUGUCUAUCGAAAGGAUUCGAAGAACGGAAGAAGUAUGAAAAUUGACAAUUUAAAAAGAUGAAUCACAAUCAAAGAUUGGCUAUUUAUGAUAGAUCCUAAAAGCCAUUUAAUAUUAACAGGAAUGCUUUGAUACAUAAAUUAUAGCCUAUAAUGGACUCAUUAUUGGAUAAAAAAGACACAACUUUAAUUAUUUUAAAGAACCUGACUGGCAAGGCUAUGCAUUAAGUGUAUAAAUUGUAUGUAUAUUUUAUUAUUAAAAUACAGUUCUUAAAUUUUUAAAUUGAUUUUGUCUGUCCUUAUUUUUUUAUCAUCAUUGAUGCUGAUUUUUGAAAAUACCACUUCUAAAGCACAUGUCUAUGUUAUUAUAUUGUGGAAUUUUUCAAUUUGACAUGCAUGUAGAAAUUUUAAAUAUAUAAUUCAUAUAAUUAUGAUGUACAGUAAUGUGUAAACAAAAUCCUCAUAUAGUUUAUACUUGUAUUAAUAGGGAUUGUCGACAAAUAAAUUGUCCUUCAAUUGCAGACUUGUUCUGCGAUUGUUUCAACCCCCUUUCCCAUCACGGAUGAGUGGAGGUCUAUAUGUUCAUUGUAGUUAAAUUUUAUAAUAGAUAUUAAUAGUACAAUCUUAUCUACAAACAUGCAUGCUUUGCCGUUCAGUGGCUGUGAUCAAUGCAGCUUAUUGGUAUGAUAUAACACCCUUUCCCACUUUUAUUGGACAAGUUCGCAAAUGAAGAACAAAAUCUGUUUAUUCUCAGCCCCCCCCAAAAAAAAGUUUGCGAUCUUUAUUCAAUAUGAAGAAUCCAGCUCAAAAUGUGACAAGGAAAAGCUUGGGCAUGUUUGUCUUAUACUAUACAUAGGCCUACUGGCAAUAGAUCACACAAAAAUAGAAACUAUAAUAUAUAACUAACAUAACAAAUUGUAAUUGAAUUGUACCUAUUUCUCACAAAGGUCAGUUACUGAAUUAUCUUAAAAAAGUACUGGUAGGAUGCAUGCUGCAUACCCUAAAUUUCAAAGCUCACAAACAUAUAUUUAGCUGAAAAAACUAACAUUUGAAACAACUAACUCAAUGCAAACUGUGAUUGCCAGGUUACCAAAUAAUCAAAAAUCCUGGACCUGGCCUUUUUUGGCAAUGGCAUACUGGGGGGGGGGGACUUAAAAUCAGAAAUAUUUUACAAAUAUAAGUUUUAUCAAAGUCAGCUGUUUAAAAGGAUUUUUAUUGGCUGGCGUUUAAAUUUUAACCCAUUGAGUCGCAUUGUACCCUACUUUAUUAUUUUACUCUGUUCAACACCAGAUGAUUUUACUCAUCAAGGGGAGAUCAUGCAGGGGCUUAAUGGUUAACUGGUCUAACUGCCCAUGUGUCCAGUUAACCCACUGAGUCGCAUUGCGCCCUACCUUACUAUUUACUCUGUCUAAUACCAGAUGAUUCAACAUCAGAUGAUUUUACUCGUCAAGGGGAAAGCGCUGCCGCAUAAGGGGUUAACCAAUAUGUUUGAUCUUGGUACAUGAUUUAUUAAAUUUUUGAUAUCACAAGUGAUAUUUUGAAGUGGAAAGUCAUCCGCCACGGAAAUGUAUAAAUCUAUAUACUAUACUGCAAAGCUCUGGAUAAAAAAAAAACACUAUCAGGUAGUGUAAUACUACCAUUAUGUAACAAAUAUAUUCUCAUACUGCAUAUAAUGUUUACUCAAACUUAAAUAUUAUUUACUGUAUCAACUCUUUCUCAGCUGGGUCCAUUACGCGUAGAACGUGCACGUUCUACGGAUGUAAUUCGUUCAUAUCUUUGGUUCAGUGCACACUGUGUAGAUGAAAAUACCACCAUUCGAUUCAGUAUAAAAAUAUACACUAAUUUAUAAUGAUAGUUUUAGUCAGUGGCUAAAUUGUAGCGAUUUAUGAGCUUUGAAAGUCAAGCGAGCUUGGUAUUUGAUCAAAUUACACAAUAUUACUAACAAAUUAUAAACAUAGACAUACCUUUCGCCGAACAUCACUUCGGCCCCUUUAGACGUAUGCUCAUUCUGGUAGUCUUGAUCAAUGAAGCCGAAUUUUGCAUUUCUGCCCCAAAUUUGCAUUAAUCCCAACCGGAAAUACGACAAAAAAACGUCAAAACAAUGCGAAGUUUGUAUCGCGUGACUCUGGAAAUGCCAGAAAUGGAUUCUACAGGUCAAAGUGCACCUAUACGUGUGAGUUUGACGUCAUCCCGGCUAAAGGGAGCUCCUUAUUGGCCAAGUAUUACGUAAUACAAGCGCGUGCGAGUAAAACCUGAUACCUUGAAAAAUUCAAAAUAAAUAUUUCUACUCGCCGUAUUCAUACGAAACUUUCUACACGAAAGCGCUUGAAUACAAAGAGUAUUUUACACAUAUAUCCUUUCAGAAAAUGUCGCCAAAGUUUAGAAUCUAUUCAACUUUUUCUCUUUUUCUCGUUUGAAUGUUUGGCGAAGCGGUGAGUAUAAAUAUAUGAUUGUUUCGGUUUGUGUAAUGUUUUGACGGCACUUGACCCCCCGUUCGAAAGGUUAUAUUGUGAGGAUUUCAAUGGUGGCAUUUAUUUAAAAGGGGGGUAAAUACUCGCCGAGAUAUUUAUAUUAGAAAAAUUGAAUCGAAAUGUAAUACGAAAUUACCGGCUGAGAAAGAGUUAAUAUAAUAUAUAAAUUAAACAAUAUUUUAAUUAAUAAUUUAACAAUUUGACUAUUCAAUUAAGUUUUGAAAAUGCUAUAACUUUAAUUUUCAAUUUGUCUGAUACUUAGUCAUCUUGGCAGUUUGAAUAAUAAUUAUGGUGUAAAUGUUUUCAAACAAUGAUAGGUUCUACGGUUUAAACAUGAUAUAUAGAGCUAGCUGUGUUCUUGAUGCAACUGCAUGAUCAUCAUGCAAAGAUGGUAAUGGCUUAAGAAACAACAUCAACAAGAAGAGACUCCUCUUGUACUUCAAGUCAUCAAAUUCUUUUCACAAAAUUUUUUUCAAAAGGUCUCAGAUCUGAGAUGUGAAGAGACUAUCAAGUAAUAAUGGUACAGGACCCGAAGAAGAUCAAACCAUUUGAGAGAAAGCCAAGCUACGCCAACAAGUGGACUUUAAAAUUGACAUGAAGUCUUUCCAUGGCUUGAAAAGCAUAGCAUAAGAAGCUGCAAAUUGCAAUGGGAAAGAACAAUUUGUAGACAUUCAAAUUUGAGUAAACAUUAUAUACAGUAUGAGAAUAUAUUUGUUACCUAAUGGUGGUAUUUAAUACAGUACCUGGUUUUUUAACCAUAGAUUUUUAUGAGAAUUUUAUAGAUUUAUAUAUUGCUCAAUCGAACAACUAUUAAUUGGCAAUUGCUCAAACGAACAACUAUUAAGACUUUUAGGAUUACAAAAGCAUUGUGCCCGCUUAAUCCUUGAUGCGAAUCCAUCUGAUAAUUCAGUAGCAUUAUUUAAUACAUUAAAGUGGAUUCCCAUAGAUGACACUAUUCGUGUACAUAAAUUGUGCAUGAUGUAUAAAAUAAUCAAUAAAAUGUGUCCACAGUAUUUUGAUAACUAUGUAAGUUAUGUUAAGAAUCGGCAUGAAUAUUGUACUAGAGCAUCUUCUAAUAUGAAAUUAGUUGUACCGAAAUGCCAUACAAGAUCUGGACUUCGUUGUUUUCAUGCUAGUGCUGUUCGUCUCUGGAAUGAACUUAAUGUGGAUAGUAUGAAUAUUAAUGGGUUAGGUAAGUUUAAAAAACACUUAGUUAAUAAAACACUUUUAGUAAAUGAAAGUUGUGAUCACUUUCUGGUCACACAGACAUUCUAAUUGAAAUAUGUAGAUAUUGUAAUUUAAACUAUAUAUAUUUUUGGACCACAAUGUAAAAUACUGGUUUACCAGUAAUUUGUGUAAUCCUAUAAUACAGUUCAUUUCCAUGGCAUGAUGGCGAAUCAUGAGUUCAAAUUCUUCGAUAUUAACCAGUAAUUGAAUGACUUUCCACUUCAAAAUAUCACUUAUGAUAUCAACAUUUGAUAAAUCGUACGACAGGUGCAAUAAAAAUCCUUUUAAACAGCUGACUUUGAUAACUACUUUGAGAAACUUCCAGUUUGUGAAAUAUUUUUUAUUACGAGUCUUCCCCCCCCCCCCGUUAUGCCAAUGCUAAAAAAGGCCAGGUCGACAAUACUCCAAGAUUUUGGGAUUAUUUGGUAACCUGGCAGUCAGAGUUUGCCUGGGUCCCUCCACGUGCACCAGAACCUUUAAACACAGGGACCCUGGGUACGAGGUUGGGUCAGGUUGACCGCCGUCUUGGCCGGUUAGGCCGCUAGUAUGAUCAGGUUGACCUAGACUUAUAGGGCUUUCAGAAGUUGCGUACCACUGUUGAAACUCAUAAUAUUUUACGUAACACGAAAAAUUAGAAUGCUAAAUAAAGCCUGAAAAAGACUAACUGAUAAACAAUUAUCAAAACUAGUCUAUGUUACUCACGUAACCAAGCGAUAUAAGUCUUGCUAGAAGAAUAGACUUGGAAGUUGCUGUUUAACAAAUCCUCAACAAUGAAGACUUCCUUGAUGUUGCGGCUAAGAAAGUGUGUGUACAAUGGCUAGGAAAGUGAGUGUGUGCUUCUCAUAGUACUCUGUAGUGACGUAGACGGAUGACGUAUAGAAUUGCCAAUUUUUGAAUCUUGAUAUAGACUAGAUAAUUCUAAACAUAAUUUCACUGCCAUCAGUGGCCAGUUAAAGGAGCUGUGUCACCGUCUGCGCAUCCCUUCUGCGCAUACACAAACUUGAUAAAGUUGGGCCACCUUUUUCAAGUUUGAGAAUCCAAUAUGGCAUCCAUACUAGGCACUACUCAUGGCGGUACAAGACAGAAUUACGGCCGAAAGAAAAUGUUUUCAGAUAAAAAGCAGCACAGGAAAUCAUGGGGUGAGACACACAGAAGGAUAUACUUGACAUUGAAUAUAUUCAAAACCUGGUCCGAUGCGAAAAUAAUGGCUGGAUAUGAGCGAUCAACUGACAGCGAUUUUGCCUCUCACUUAUUAUCUUUAGAAUUUCGUAGAAGGUAAGUUUCCUGACAAUUUUUUUUUAUUUCUCUUUUACUAAAUGUAACCGGCAAACAACUUACUUACACAUAUUUUUUUCGCCCAAUUGAAGAUCUAAUCCCGAUAUUCCACGAAAACUGAGUCAAAGUAUAUCUCUAAGUAUAUCAACCUCAUCGCCAGAAGGUUGCAGUCGUAUGGUUGAAGAAUGGGCCCACAUCAGUCAAGGUGAAAUUAUUAUUUGGAUUGAUUUUAGAAUACCCGUUCGAGAAUUAUUUGAAGUAUAACAUAAUGUUUAAUUGUAUUUUUGAUGAUGUAUGCCAUACUAUGAUUAAAUAAUAAUAUACUGAUUACUGUACCUUGUUAAUGUAGCAGUAGAACUACAAACGUCUACACCAUCUAAGCAAUCAGAUGACAUGACACUUAUACUCAAUGAGUCUCCCAUCCUUGGCAGUAAGGAACAAACAAACCAUAAUGAAAGAGCAGAAAUGGAAAUAGAUGUGACCAUUUCCAGUCCCUCAUUUUAUGAGAGGUGAGUUCAAAUAGUUUACAUGCUCCUGCUUUGUUUUAUUGACUCAUCUUUGACUUUGUUGUCAAAUUCAAGUUUAAAGUAAUAAAAUAUCUUGCAGUAGCAAAUGAACUGGAAAGCAAAUUAUUUUAUUUGUGGUUUUAAAUGCCAAGAUAAUUUACAAUUGGUCAAUCAGGCUACAAUAAAUGCAUUCAUGUAUCUGACUAAGCCAUUUAUCCUGACUACCUCAUUCUUCAAAAAAAGAAGUGUACUGCACAUAAAGACACAGAAUAGAUAUAUUUUACGUGCUGGAGUGCACAUGGCACUUUGUACCUAUGUUUGGCCUAUGAAAAACUUCUCUGUGUGCACUCCAAGUGGCAUCAUAUGAUGGUGUAUGUUAUAUGUAAACAACGAGUUUGAGUGUUUCAUCAGGGGAUCCAAACACCUUGGUCCCCUGAUGAAACACGAGAAACGAGCUGUUUACACAACAUCUCAAACGAAAACAUUUCAUUGGCUUAUAUAUAUUAUUAUAGUAUAUUGUUGUGUGUUGACUUGAAUUUGUAAUUAGGAUCUCAGUUAUUAGAUGAAAACCGUUUUUCAUCUAACAACAGUGAUGGUAUAUGAUUUUUAGCGUGUUUCCUUGCGGUAUCCAACCUCAAUCAUGUGACGAAUUAGGGUGAGUUCAUUCGCUAAUUUGCUCAUGAAUUAUUAAUGAGUUUGAGAUUUUCAUGGCAGCACUCGUAAAAUUUAGUAUCCAGUAUCUAUUCUGUCAUAAAGAGUUCAGAAAUCUGUUUUUAUACUAUUUGAAUUGUAGUUUUGAUACUGAGAGGGAAGCAAAUACAUCAAUAUUUUCAGAUGAUGAAGAGGACUUUUUGGAAGACACAAGUUCUGACGAAAGUCUCAGGUACGUACAAUUCCAAAACCUCUCGGGUCUAUGCAGUAUUAUUAUAUACACAAGGUCUGGAUAUGAGGUAUUCUGCAAUCUGAUUGGUUCUCUACUAGCAGGAUAUUAGCUCAUAUCCUGCUAGUAGAGAAAAACAAAAUGACGGCCAAACUGAAUUUACGAUGUUUUGCAAACGAGAAAACGGCAAGUUGUCGCUUUUUAUAGCCUUCACAGGAUUAAAAACACAAUGAAAAAACUCCCACCAAUUGUUUUCAGGUUAGCAAAUAAUUUUUUAAAAUUUAAAAUGGUUAAAAAUAUAUAUUUUUGAAAAACUAAUUGGCCGAAAGAACGAAGAUAAAAACAAAAACAAAAUAGAAAAAUAUUGAAAAUGUCCGAAAAGCUAAGUCUGUGAAUUCAGACCUUGUGUAUAUAAUAAAACAGUUAUUCCACUCACUCUCGUUGAAUAUGAGCGAUAGCCGAUUCAGCGCUACGCGCCUCAUCGGCUAUCAGCUCAUAUUCGACUCGAGUUCGUAGAAUAACUGUUAAAUAGUAUGUUCAAUAACUGGAAUGACACUUACGUUUUUUGAAUCACAGGAUAUACUGUAUAUUUUACCAGAUAUUUUAAUAAUACUGUUUAAAAACAGUUAUUUCAUGAGGUUUUUGUGAUAUCUAGGUCGAGUUAUCAAGGUUGAGGUAAGUGUUAUCAGUUGAGCCAAAGGCGAUCACUGAUAAUACUUAUUAGGCAUGAAUAUAAAGUGAUACACAAUUUCAAACUAGAUAAUCAUAAAUCUAAAAAAAAAAGAUAAUCAAUUUAUUUUUGGAUUUCUUACACCCUUAUGGGAGCAUUGUCAUUUUUUGAUAAUAUGGAUUGUGAUUUGUGAAGUGGUUGAUUCCAGUUAUUAAACAAUCUAAAAAGAGAUCAUGGGGUCUACUUUCCAACCCCCAUGGCAUAUGUAGGUCUUCUAUUGCUGGUUGUAAUUUCUUGUUGUUGACAGGCAUGAUGAACUCACCCAUUCAGCAAUUGAAGCUUUAAAUGCUGAAGAAAAGCAUGAGGAAUACGAGUAA